GUAUAAGAGCUGAGCUCAGGUGAGCUAGCUCCUCCUGUCUUGUCUCAGCGGCUGCCAGCAGGCAGAUCAUGAGCCAUCAGCUCCUCUGGGGCCAGCUAUAGGACAACAGAACUCUCACCAAAGGACCAGACACAGUGGGCACCAUGGGACAGUGUCGGUCAGCCAACGCAGAGGAUGCUCAGGAAUUCAGUGAUGUGGAGAGGGCCAUUGAGACCCUCAUCAAGAACUUCCACCAGUACUCCGUGGAGGGUGGAAAGGAGACGCUGACCCCCUCUGAGCUACAGGACCUGGUCACCCAGCAGCUGCCCCACCUCAUGCCGAGCAACUGUGGCCUGGAAGAGAAAAUUGCCAACCUGGGCAGCUGCAAUGACUCUAAACUGGAGUUCGGGAGUUUCUGGGAGCUGAUUGGAGAAGCGGCCAAGAGUGUGAAGCUGGAGAGGCCUGUCCGGGGGCGCUGAGAACUCCCUCUGGAAUUCUUGGGGGGUGUUGGGGAGAGACUGUGGGCCUGGAAAUAAAACUGUCCUCUACCACCACCCUGUACCCUAGCCUACACCUCUCCUCAUCUCUGCAAAGUUCAGCUUCCUAAUGGCCUUCUCCAGGGUCUCUGUGCACUCUGUCUUGGAUGCUCUGUGGAGCUCAUGGGUGCAGGAGUCUCCACCAGAGGGAGGCUCAGGGGAUUGUUUGGGCCAGGGAUGAAUAUUUGAGGGAUAAAAAUUGUGUAAGAGCCAAAGAAUUGGUAGUAGGGGGAGAACAGAGAGGAGCUGGGCUAUGGGAAAUGAUUUGAAUAAUGGAGCUGGGAAUAUGGCUAGAUAUCUGGUACUAAAAAAGGGUCUUUAAGAACCUACUUCCUAAUCUCUUCCCCAACCCAAACCAUAGCUGUCUGUCCAGUGCUCUCUUCCUGCCUCCAGCUCUGCCCCAGUCUCCUCCUAGACUCUGUCCCUGGGCUAGGGCAGGGGAGGAGGGAGAGCAGGGCUGGGGGAGAGGCUGAGGAGGGCGUGACAUUCGGGGAGAGGACCAGCUGGGUGCUUGGGCAUUGACAGAAUGAUGGUUGUUUUGUAUCAUUUGAUUAAUUAAAAAAAUGAAAAAAGUGAAA